AUGACUACGGAUAGUACCCUGUCGUAUCAGCCAACGGAAUCCCUCGUUCUUCCGACAAAACGACGUUUCUUCCCAUUCAGAAUACCCAACUACCAUCAACAACUUCGCCAUUAUAUUAGUACCGCCGAUCAGGAUCGGAUAUACGUCGUCGUUGAUCGAGUAGUCUACUCAAUUCAUAUCUCAUCACGGAAACGGGAGACUGUCGCUGUUAUUCCAUUCGAGCCCAAGUGCCUUGCUGCUGGAUAUGGCUGGAUCGGGAUUGGAGGAACCACCAAUGGCGAGUGCGCCUUUGUGAAGCUUUCAGAUUGCAACGGGAGUGAAUUCCGAGAGACACCAGCUGCUCAAGCGGCAGAUGUGGACAGUGCUCUGCCAAUCGAUCUAGUGGCUUCUCAAAGAAGCCCUCCAAGGGCAUCCGUAGAAGCUGAAACAAUAAACCCAAGCCCUGGUGAUAGGCCACUACCGGAGGUCCAACUGCAUAAAUUUGGUGGUACCAUCGUGAACUCGGUGACCAUUCACCGUUUACCUGGUGAUGAGACGGGGUUCAUGGACGAAGAUGUUGCGGUGCUUAGCAACAAUGACAAGACUGUGACGAUAUAUUCGAUCACGCGCUCAAAGGUCUUGAAGAAGAUCUGCCACCCGGCGUGUAUGAAUUAUGCGAUUAUCUCGCCGGACUCCAGUAUCUUAGCUGCGGUUGGUGAUGAAGCUAACGCAUACUUUUAUGGCCUUACCCGCGACUUUUCUACCGUGGUUUCGGCUGAAGCCGGUGGAAAGUUGAGUGGCUGGGCUUUGGACCUUCUUCUCUGCAUUGAGAUGGAGAUUGGCCCGAGGAUCGAAGACCGAUGUUGUUUCACCAUUGCCUUUUCUCAAUCUAAUAGACUGUGCGCUAUCGGGUCGCAAUCUGGAGUGAUCUCUGUCUUCGAUGUUAGGGUCAUUCAAGGACGCUCUAUGGGCCCUUCUGAUGAGAGUCCAAUUGUCUGUUAUUUCAACUCAUCAAGACCUCCCUCCAGUGGCGGGGCUGUGCGCUGUAUGAGCUUUGCACCUGAACCUUGGGAUCUCCUUGUUUGGCUCGAAGAUAGAGGACGUGCUGGGAUUGCGGAUGUGCGCCAGGCUUUUGUCCGCAGGCAAAUCCUUCAGCUGGACAUGAACGAACCUGCUAUUGAAGAAGUCGAAACGGAGCCAAUUGUUGAUGAAUCUACGGGGCUGGGGUUUGAUCUCGAUAUCGAAACACCUCCCGAAUCGCAGCAUGACCUUGACGCACGGGCUAUUCUUGACUCAAUUGAGGGGCACGCAGUCAAUCGGCGAGGUGAAUCUGAUGCAUCGACGCUGCAAGAGAGCAUGAUACAGGAUUUGACGGAAAGAGAGAGGUUGGUCAUGGAAUUUCUGAACACGGCGCGCUGGACGUCGAGGUUCGAAGAUGGCCUGACUGACCGGCUGGCUAGAGGCAAUGUCAAUUCGCAUCCACAUUCUGGAUCUCGCGCAAGGCAUCAAGGUCCCACAAGCGGAGCUAAUAGGGCACCCCGUCCUACUUCACCUCGGCCUGUCAUACUCUCACAGAGCAAUCUUGACGCGAGAAACACAAGCGCGGACAUGGACAGUUCAACGCCCGAUCCACAACCGAGUAUCACAUUAAGCUGGACUGCUUCGCCAGGGGAGCUAGAGUCGGCCACGUUGGCUAAUCCAACUCAUACUACGGACUCAAGUUCAAGUGACCAAAGUGGCUCCAGUAAUGAGAGUGGAAAUUCUGGUCGGCAUCGCGGGACCAUAACCCGACCGUCGGUGAAUUUUGACUACUCCAGCAGUAUACCUUUACUGCCAGGGAGAAAUCACCAGCGAUCUCGUUCUGUUCAUAGACGCUCUGAAAGGCAAGAUAACAGCUUGGACGUUCCCCACAAUCUGAGAGCGAAUAUACUAGCCGUGGAGCGGCUUCGACGACAGCGACUUAUUAACGAAGCAGAGGCAUUAAGCCGAAACAGCCUGCGUGAGCAGCGCUAUAACCAACAAUCCUCGUUUGGAUUUGAUCAAAGCCGCUCCUCACGUUGGAUUCGAAGUGUCAUCAACGAUCCUCCAGAGCGUAGCUACGGCAUGGCACGCCGAGAUUCGGAUCCAAGCAGCUCCGCCGGACUUGGGUUUGGCGUCGAUGGGAGAUCGCUGUAUAUCGCAACCGUGACUGGGAUUUUUGAAUAUCAAAUUAACAUCAUGGACCGAAAGACGUUCCCAGUGAUUACGUACAGGUAA